AUGUCGUCAAAUAAUGGCAAAUCAUUGGAAUUACACGGAACAGUAUCGUCCAGUUUCGCUAAGUUCAAAUGGCCUACUAAGCAGGUAAAUCAGGGAGAUCAAGCUGUCGAGAAACAAAUAAAUUCGCGAAGAGAGAAAAAUAAUACAGAGAAAACAAAAAGUAAAAAGAGAAAGGAUUUGUUAUCAAAUAAUGUGGUAAAUGAUGCAGUUGAGGAACGUUUAGAACCCCCAGGCAAUGACGUAAUCCUUAUCGAAAAUGAUGCAGAUGAUGCAAAUAAUACGUCUCGAGCGGAAACACAAAUCAAUAACACUUUUAACAAUAACAAUGAAUCCCGAGUAACUGCUGGACGCAGUAGCUUUUGGGCACGUCGGAAAGUCUGGACUAUAGAUGAGCUGCUGGCUGAAACAACUGCUAUUGAGCCUACCGCAGCCAGAAAUAUUGUUCAACUGUUCGAAAAAGAAAAUACUAUACCUUUUAUAUGCCGUUAUCGUCGCGACUUGAUAAACCAUUUAGAACCGGAACGAUUAAGAGAAAUCAAAAGUACAUACAUGGAAAUUGUCAAUUUGCGCAAAAAGGCCGAAACAAUUGUUAGUCAGUUGGCAAAAGAAAAUACAAUUAACGAAGAAAUACGCACGGAAAUGUUAUGCGCCAAAACACCUGAAGAAUUAGAGUUCUUGUUUGCUCCUUAUAAACCGGCUAGCAAAGGCUCAUUGGCCGAAAGAGCUAAAGCUUUAGGGUUAGAACAAUUUGCUGAUCGCCUGCUUUACGGUGAUCCCCCAGAAGUCAUUUUGAAACAAUUGGUAAAUUCAAAAAUUCCCGAAAUGGAUGAUGAAGAGAAAGUCUUGACUGGCAUAUGUCAUAUUAUCUCCCAUAAUAUAAGCAAACACACUGGCGUUCUAGAAGAAUUAAGAAAACUACAACAUUGUCACCGUAUUACUUUGAAGUCCAGCAAAACUAAACAAUCAAGUAAAGAGAAGAAUGAUAAAACUACUUCAGCUUCUACGUCCGAUUCUGAUUACCAAAAGGCCGGUCAUAAUAAUAAAAAUGACGAAUCUAAAUACGAACAUUAUUUUGAGUUCCAAGCUGAUGUUCGUCAAUUAAAGCCACAUCAAGUGUUGGCCAUAAAUCGUGCAGAGAAGCUGAAAUUUCUUACGGUUAAGCUGUUAAUAGCAGACUAUUUGAAAAAUGAUAUUAAACGUUACGUGAGAUCAAUAUUCAUGGCAGAUGGCCUGCAAUAUCCAUUGCGCACUCAGGUGUUUGAACGUGCCUUUGAAGAAUGUUAUCAAAAAAAAUUGCAACCAUUACUAUGUCGUCAGAUACGUUCAGAUUUAAACGAAAAGGCGAAAAAAGCUUCCAUUGAUGUUUUCGGUAAAAAUCUGAAACAAUUACUUUUAAUGUCGCCAUUAAAGGGCGAACGUAUUCUGGGUAUUGAUCCGGGUUUUACCAAUGGCUGCAAAUAUGCUUUAAUUUCGGAAACAGCCGAUGUUUUAGAAACUGGGGUUUUAUAUCCACACCGUCGCAAUACAGAUCCCGAAGAAAUUGGCGAACAACUAGCAAAAAUUUUAUUACGGCACAAAUGCAAAUUGAUAGCUUUGGGUAACGGUACAGCUUGUCGUGAAACGGAAUUUUGGCUAUCAAAAUUGUUUGAAAUAGGAAUUUUGGACGACGAAGAAGUACGCUAUAGUAUAGUAUCAGAACAGGGAGCUUCUAUUUAUUCGUGCAGCGAUAUAGCAAGAAAAGAGUUUCCGAGAAUGGAUACGAAUCACAUUAGUGCUGUAUCCAUUGCACGCCGUUUGAAUGAUCCUCUCAGCGAAUAUGUAAAAAUUGAACCACGCCAUAUUGGUGUAGGCAUGUAUCAACACGAUAUCGGCGAGAAACUUUUGAACGAAACGCUAAGUGAAGUGGUCUCGGAAUGCGUUAGUUAUGUAGGCGUGGACAUUAAUACAGCCAGUUUAAGUGUUCUGAAACAUAUUGCUGGCUUAACAGAGAAAAAAGCUGAUAAAAUUAUAGAACAUCGUUUAGAAAAUGGUCCGUUUCGUACCCGUAAAGAUCUUUUAAGUGUUAAAUCGAUUGGUGAAAAAACUUUUGUACAAUGCGCUGGCUUUAUACGCAUUGAUCCGCGCAGCUUAGGUGGUUCUAUAGAUAAUCUUUUGGAUUGCACUUGGGUUCACCCUGAAAGUUACAUUAUAGCAAAAAAAAUCAUUUCAAAGUGUAAAUUGAAUUUGAAAGAUAUUGGAAGCAAAGACUUUAUUAAAAAGAUCACAGAGUUUAUAGACAAAUGCGAUAUCAAUGAGCUAACGGAUACUUUUAAUAUACCAAAAGAAAGGUUGGAAAUAGUUUUUCAAGCCUUGCAGCGGGAAUUAUUUAAAGAUUAUCGUUCGGAAUUCGAUAAGAAACCAUUAUUUAAGCAAGGAUUGACACGCAUAACUGAAUUAUCGGUUGGGGAUGUAGUAACGGGUGCUGUUACUAAUUUAACACAUUUUGGAGCGUUCGUUGAUAUCGGCGUCGAGUGCGACGGUUUAAUACAUGUUAGUAAAAUGAACAAUAUGAAAGUGAAUAUUGGUGAUCGCGUUGUAACUUCUAUAGUACAAGUGGAUAAACAACGUAAACGUAUUGGAUUACGUUUAGAAGAGAUUGUAACGGAAACUGAUACCUCAUUUACAUUAGUUUGAGUCUGAAUUAGAUACUUAAGAGUAUGUAAGUAUUUGAGUAUUUAAUUUUACAUAUAUAAGUGCUGUUGAAUAUUUAAGAAAUCUUAUACGAGUUUCACUUUUCUAAUGUAAAAUGAAAUCUUUAUAUAACUUUAAUUUGGAGCAAAGAUAAAAAGAGAUUUUAUAUUUACUUUCUUAUAACUGCCAAAUUUAUACACACAUUUCUAAUCCUUUUACAAGCUCAAAAAGUUCUAUAUUCUUUUAAUCGGCGAACGAUCCGGGCACAAUUUCUACGAGUCUACCAUUAAUAUUUUUGGAGAUUGGUUCAUUAGCAUAAAAGUUGAGUUAAAAACAAAUAACAAAAUUAUAUUCAGUCCAUUGAUCAAUCGUUUAAUAUUGAUCAAUAAUACAGUAAUCCACUCUAUAACGCGGUAGAUUGGUUCUGCGUAUUCCCAUAUUACACGUUUUUACGAUCUCGUAUAAGUCGUUACGUAUAAAUGAUUCAUCAGAUUUAACUUUUCUCGCUGCAAUGAGUUUAAAUCGAAUAUUAAGAGAAAACUGUGUUAUGAACGAAAUAU